AUGUCGGCAUCCGCAAAGAGAAGACUCGCAGCACUUUCUCAGCAGCUUGUGAAACCCAUUGAAGAUCAGGGUAACUUUGAAAAUAUCCCAAUUCUCAAGAAAAUUGCACCAGAUUCAACCGGCCCGAGAGUCAAAGGAAAAGUGGUCAUUGUAACAGGGACCAAUAGUCCUCUGGGAAUUGGACGAGCAUCAGCACAUCAGUUUGCGCAGAAUGGCGCAAGAGCUGUAUACAUAUGCGAUUACAAUGAUACGAAUCUCGAAACCCAUAAACGUGAACUUGCAUCAUUAUACCCUGGUGUCGCAGUACACACGCGGAAGUUUGACGCAGCGGAUGAACAAUCUGUGAAGGAGGUUAUUGAUCAUGCGGUGAAGACGUAUGGAAGAUUAGAUAUCUUCUUUGCAAAUGCGGGAAUUGUAGGCACAAAUAAAGUAUUUACGGAUAUUUCUUCAGAUGAGUUUCUAUCUACUCUACGAACAAAUGUUGUCAGUGUGGCAAUGGCAGCCAAAUACUCGGCACCAGCUAUGAUGUUAACAUCACCGGAUAAGCAAUAUCCAUCUGGUAGUAUAAUAGCCACCGCUUCAGUUGCUGGUCUACGUUCCAAUGCAGGGCCCAGCGAUUAUUCUGCCUCCAAAUCUAGCGUCAUUUCCCUCGCCCAAACGAUAUCCUAUCAACUAGCAGGCACUGGAAUUCGCGUCAAUGCUAUCUGUCCUGGCGUCAUCGAAACAGGUAUGACAGCACCGAUGUAUGAAGCUGCACGCGCCAGGGGAUCGGAAAAGAAGAUUGGCCAAUUAAAUCCGCUAGGAAGAGGUGCACAUGCCGAUGAGGUAGCUAGGGUGGCAUUGUUUUUAGGAAGUGAGGAGAGUAGUUAUGUGAAUGGUCAGGCUUGGGCUGUGGAUGGAGGACUUAGUGCUGGUCACCCCUUCGUUCCGGGAAAAUUGGGUUGA